AUGACGAUGGACGCAGAAAAGCAAUUCCCGAAGGACGAUGUGCCUUCCUCAGACGAGGGCCGCAAAGGCUCUCUUGUCACGGGCACCAUCGAUGAUAUCCAGGUGCUUGACAAGCUGGGCUACAAGCCCGAACUACAGAGGAAUCGAUCCAUGUUCACCUUGUUGUUCCAAUCGCUCGCGAUCGCAGCCAUCCCUUACGGGGAGGGAGCACCCAUCCUCAGCGCCAUUUACGGAGGUGGCCCUCUUUCAAUCUUCGUUGGCUGGCUUAUGGUGUUGGUCCUCGACGAGUGUAUCGCGCUGUCCCUCGGCGAACUCGCCUCCAAAUACCCCACAAGCGCCGGUCCAUACUACUGGUCAUUCCAACUCGCCACCAGGGGAAAGACCGUCCUUUCCUUCAUUACUGGAUGGACGUGGCUGAUCGGAAACUGGACCAUCACACUCUCAGUCAACUUCGGCUUCGCAUCGCUCAUUCUGGGCUGUGUGGCCAUGUACCACCCGGACUGGGUUGCCGAAAGUUGGCAAUUGCUCUUGAUCUUCUAUGCCAUCUGCCUCAUCACAUUUGUGAUCGUGGCCUUCGGCAACAAGUUUCUGCCCAUCGUGGAUACCAUCUGCGCCGGCUGGACGGCCAUUAGCAUUAUCAUCAUUCUCAUUGCGCUUUCGGUCAAGGCCGAUGCAGGAAGACACAGCGCAGGGUACGCGCUUGGCCAUUAUGACCAGUCCUUUUCAGGCUGGGGGGGUUUCACCUUCUUCAUCGGUCUUCUUCCGGCCGCAUACACCUUUUCCGCCAUCGGAAUGAUUUCGGCCAUGGCGGAAGAAUGUUCCACCCCUUCGAUCAAGGUCCCGAGAGCCAUUGCUCUUUGCGUCCCAGUGGGAGGUUUCGCAGGCUUGUUCUUCAUUCUGCCGAUUUGCUUUACAUUGCCUCCUAUGGAAGACAUUCUCCUGGCACCUUAUGGUCAGGCUUUGCCCUAUAUCUUCUAUCGCGUGAUGGGCACCCCAGGAGGUGGCAUGGGUCUCAUGUUCCUGGUCUUGGGCAUCACUCUAUUUUGCAGUGUGAGCAUCACGGUGGCGGCCUCGCGAUGUACGUGGGCAUUUGCCCGCGAUGACGCUAUUCCCGGGGCCCGGCUGUUCUCCAAAGUCAACCAAACCCUCGGAGUUCCUGUCUGGGCUCUGACACUCACAACAGUGGUUCAGAUGCUCCUCGGCUUGAUCUACUUAGGUUCAACUAGUGCGUUCACCGCCUUUAUUUCCGUCGGUGUCAUGUCUCUAGCGAUCAGCUACGCCAUCCCAAUUGGAAUCAGCCUUUGGCAUCGGCGAAAGGAAGUCAAUACCGCGCCAUGGAACUGGGGCAAUUCGAUCGGCUACACCGUCAACCUCGUCGCAGUAUUCUGGAUCAUGUUCGAGAUGGUUAUAUUUAGCAUGCCCGUGGCGCUUCCCGUCACGGAAGUCACCAUGAACUACGCCAGCGUCGUCUUCGUUGGUUUCAUGGUCAUUUCGGCCGUGUGGUAUAUUAUCUAUGCGAGAAAGGCGUACAAGGGUCCUCCUGAGUCAGAUGGUAUCGCUGCUUAA